AAUGUAAAGAGAAGUUUCGUUCGCGCAUCGAUGAGGGAAGUGAGUUGUUAAAAAGUGUGUCAGUGCAAGAGUGCAGCGGAAGGGAAAAUUACGACCUGCACAAUAGUUGCAGCUACAUUAGUGAAACUUUUAAACAGGCAAAGAUGGAUUACAUCAGUGGAUGGUGCAGGAGUAAGCGUCGCCUGGACGGGGUGACCGCGGUGGUCACGGGUUCGAAUACCGGCAUUGGCAAGGAGACCGUCAGGGAAUUCUACAAAAGAGGUGCUCGGGUGAUAAUGGCUUGUCGCAGCGUAGAGAAAGCCGAGGACGCCCGCAAGGAGAUCAUCUCUGAGUUCUUAUCCAACGCUCGGAGCGAGGAGAAGCCAGGAUCUAUAGCGGUGGAGCAGCUGGAUCUGACCAGCCUUGCUUCCGUCAGGGCCUUCGCGGCCAGGGUGCUCGAGAAUGAACCAGAGCUAAGCAUCCUGGUGAACAACGCGGGCGUGAUGAUGUGCCCGGAGGGGCGCACAGAGGACGGGUUCGAGACGCACAUGGGCACCAACCACUUCGCGCACGCUCUGCUGACGCUGCUGCUGUUGCCGCGGCUGAAGAGGAACGCGCCGGCGAGGGUCGUCUGCGUGUCCUCGUAUCUACAUCAGACAUACGAGUUGGAUUUGAAUGACAUGAACUUUGAAAACACGAAAUACGACGCUUUGAAAGCCUACUGCUGGAGCAAAGCGGCCAACGUCUUGUUCGCGAAGGCUCUUGCAAGGAAAUUAAAGGAGCACGGCAUAGACAACGUGACGACCUACAGCCUGCACCCGGGCGUGAUCCGCACGGAAAUCAGCCGCCACUUCAGCACCACGUUCCUGAAGGGCGCCACGUGGGCCUUCAACAACCUCAUGGCCUGGUUCGUGAAGUCCCCGCGCUGCGGCGCCCAGACCUCCAUCUAUUGUGCCAUAGAUGAGGCCUGCGCGGACCAGAGUGGACUUUAUUACCAAGACUGCGCCGCCUACCCGACGUCGAAGCAAUGCAGAAAGGACGAAGUGGCGGACGAGUUCUGGCUGAAAACCGUCGCCGCUCUCAAACUGGGCAGCUAUAACGCGUUUGGUGACGACGAUCCUACUGAUGACAUUUUGAAAUUAAAUUAGUCAUUUUAUUGGUAACCUUUGUAACUAGAUGUAAACGUAUAACAACACCACCGGAUCGGAUAUCAGUGUUUCACCGUGCAGGGUACGAUAAUAAAAAUAUUAUGAUAAUGCAAGCAAUAUAAAAAAGCUUAUUUAAGGCGUCUAUCAAUAUUUUGUUUUACGUAUAAGGAAGCAGGACGAAGUUGUUCAGAUUGAGGAGUUUUGUCGGACACUUACAAUACGGGUGGUGCACCAAACUGACCCACGACGCAAACUGGCUUAUCUGGCGGGAUUUCGCAACUUUUCAAGAAAUUACCUGGGUAUUAAUUUGUAUGUAUGUGUUAAGUAAUCUAUGAAAGACCAGUUUAUUGCUUGAAAAUUAUUGUUAAUUUUAUGUUUAAGGUAAGAGUAUAUAAAUAUAAUAUUAUGUAUGUAUACAUUUAACUAUACAUACUAACGAAUAAAGGUAAUUAAUUUCUUUA